UCAAUCACGUGAUUAGUAAUGUGUAUACUCCUUUGUGUGGUCAACAUGCGGUAACAGUGCAAUGAAGUUGAUGUCUAGUCGGACAAUGACUUGAUUUCUCUUUUUGUACUUCGUAAAAUGUAAUUGUAGUGACAGUGUUCGCAAAAAUGACAAAUAUAUCAACUGAUGUAAAUGUAAUGAUAAACAGCAGCAUCAAUGAUAGCAUUGACAGUAGUGUGAACGAUGAAAAUGACACGGAAAAGUUACUGAAACCAAGAAAUAAUUUUGCAUCGUAUUCAAACGAAAACAUUAAUGUUAGAUUUCGGCAAAAUGUAUCAUCACAGAGUGUUGUGGAAACACUUUCCAGUAAUCUAAGAAGACUUAACGUCGACGAAAUCCCCCCUGGUGCUACUAACUUUCUAUCAACCAAUUAUGAGAGUUUAGAUUAUGAUCCCUGUGAGAAUCAUCUUCUGCAAGAUGAAGAAAGAAAGAAAGGCUACAAAUUUGUGGUUAAGAAGAACUUUGCCAGAUGGUUUAUUUUCUUAUUGAUAGGCAUUUGCACUGCGCUUAUAGCUGGCUUUGUAGAUAUUUCUAUAGAAGAAUUGACAAUCUUUAAGUAUAGUUGUUUAAAAUUUUAUGUAGAUCAAUGUGUAACAAACCAUUGUCUUUGGCUGCCAUAUCUACUAUGGUUAGCUCUAAAUUUUGCACCUGUUUUAAUAGGUGCUAUUUUAGUAGCUUAUGUGGAACCUGUUGCAGCAGGUAGUGGUAUUCCACAAGUGAAGUGCUAUUUAAACGGAGUUAAAAUACCUCGAGUUGUUCGUAUUAAAACACUAGCAGUAAAAACAAUAGGAGUAAUUUGUACAGUAGUAGGAGGUCUAGCUGGUGGAAAAGAAGGACCUAUGAUACACUCUGGGGCUGUGGUGGCAGCAGGAAUAUCACAGGGGAAAAGUACUACAUUUAAGAAAGAUUUUAAAAUAUUUCAGUAUUUUAGAGAAGACCAUGAGAAACGAGAUUUUGUGUCAGGAGGUGCAGCUUCUGGUGUGUCUGCUGCAUUUGGUGCACCAAUUGGAGGAGUAUUGUUCAGUAUUGAAGAAGGAACCAGUUUCUUUAAUCAAAGUCUCACAUGGAGGACAUUUUUUGCUAGUAUGAUUACAACAUUCACAUUAAAUAUCAUCCUUAGUGCGUAUCACGGACGACCCGGUGAUCUUUCUUAUCCAGGCUUGUUAAAUCUUGGAAAAUUUGAGACAAUACCCUACCAAAUUUAUGAAAUUCCUUUAUUUGUAAUAAUGGGAACACUUGGUGGACUUUUGGGCGCUUGUUGGAAUCAUUUAAAUUAUAAAAUCACCUGCUUCCGUUUGAAGUAUAUAAAACGAAAAUGGUUAAAAGUAAUAGAAGCUCUUGUAAUUGCUGCGCUAAGUGCAACAAUGGGUUUUACAAUGAUCUAUUUUCUACACGAUUGCAAACCAUUAGGACAAGAUCCUACCAAAUUUCCCAUUCAGAUGUACUGCAAUGAAGGCGAGUACAGCGCAGUUGCAGCUUUAUGGUUUCAAACACCAGAGAGUAGUGUACGAUCUCUGUUUCAUGAUCCUAAAGGUUCCCAUAAUGAUAUUACUUUAGCUAUUUUUGUUGUCCUCUACUUUUUCUUGGCUGUUGCUACCUUUGGUCUGUCCAUGUCUAGUGGACUGUUUAUUCCAUCUCUAUUAAUUGGCUCUGCAUGGGGUAGAUUAAUUGGAUCAGGGCUUGCGAAACUUUUUCCAAAUUGUGUCGUUUUAAAUCCUGGAAAAUAUGCUUUACUAGGUGCAGCUGCUCAAUUGGGAGGAGUAGUUAGAAUGACAAUAAGUUUAACUGCUAUACUCAUAGAAGCUACUCAAGGAAUAUCCUUUGGCUUGCCACUUAUAAUAGUUCUUAUUAUGGCUAAAUGGGUUGGAGACUUUUUUAAUGAGGGAAUUUAUGAUAUUCAUACACAAAUGGCUGGUAUUCCCAUAUUACCAUGGGAAGCUCCACCAUUGUCAAACAACAUAUAUGCUAGUGAAAUAAUGAGUCACCCAAUAGUAACAUUAAACACUGUAGAAAAUGUAGGACAUAUAGUAGAACUUCUCAAAUGUGUAACAUUUAAUGGAUUCCCUGUAGUCGAUCCUCCUAAUAGUGAUGAGCCUGAAAUACAUUCAUACGGAAGAUUUCGAGGGCUAAUUUUACGUUCUCAAUUAAUAGUAUUACUACAAAACAAAAUUUUUAACAAGAACCCAGAGUAUUGGGAAAAAUCAUUAAGUAUUAAAUUGUUCAGAAAAGAAUACCCAAGGUAUCCGACAAUUGAUCAAGUGACCAUAAGUGAGGAAGAAAAAACUUAUAUGAUAGAUUUAAGACCUUUUAUGAAUCCUUCUCCCUAUACACUGCAACAUUCUGCAACAUUGCCACGAGCAUUUAGACUCUUUAGAGCAUUAGGUCUUAGACAUUUACCAGUAGUCAAUGAUACAAACGAGGUAAUUGGGAUUAUUACAAGAAAAGAUGUUGCUAGAUUUAGGAUAUGGAAACAUAGAGGAAGAAUGGGUUUAGAUGAACUUUUAAUUACUAAUAAAAUAUAAUUUUAUUAGUAAAUUUUAACUUUUCCAGACACAAAAUUUAAUAUUAUUCUAUGAAAAGGAGUAAUAUAUUGUAUAUAUAAAUAUUAAGUUUAUAUAUAAACACGGAAGAAUUUUUUAUAUUAGACUUUUCAGUAAAGGAAAUCUGGGUAUUGUAACAAGAAGAGACAAAGUUAAUCAAAAAUAAAAUACAUACAUGUUAAUUAUUUAUAAAUAAUUGCCAGCCUAACCAUGACCAUAAUUUGAAAAAUAAAUACACCGGAAUAAUAAUUAACGAUAAAAAAAAAUAAUAUUCACAAGUUGAAAUAUACAUUGGAAUGGAUAUUCUUUCUUACAAUCACCUCUAAAGAUUAUGACCAAAUGUUCAAGAUCUCUAUCUACGACCUGCAACAAGGAAAAAAUAUUUUAUAAAAACACCCCCAAUAUAGUAUUUACAAUUAGUUCUUUUACUAGUAUGACUAAAACUCUUAAGAUUAAAAUUAGAUUGUGAAACAGAAUUAUACAUUUAAUAUUUGUUAUGUUCAAAUUUAUACAAUAUUUAUAUAUUGUAAGAUAUCAACGAAAUAUAAAAACUUCAAAUAUAUUUUAAAAACAAAUGAAUACUGGAAAAGCAGUUUCUAUACUGUAUGCUUCAUAUAUGAAUAAAUUAUACAAUUUUUUUACGAAGAA